AAGAAUAUUAAAUUCAAGAAUAAUAUUAAGGAAUCCUAAACUGAAGACGUUAACUUCGUUGCUUGUCGACAUAACUUCGCUGCAUCACUAUGUGAGACGCUGCUGUAUUUUGAAGAGGUAUAGAGUCAUAACACGGCACUCCGCCAACUUCCACAAAUAUAAAUAACUACUAUACUAUACAAAGUAGGGAGACUUUAUUGAUAUUCACAACAAAUCUCGAAGUCUCCGGAGAAACAGCAGAGAAGUCAGGAAAAUGGACACGGCGGAGAAGGGUCUGCUCACCGUUGGAGAAGAAGAAUAAGUCAACAGGAGAGAUGGGUUUUUCACGGAGAUGAGGAGGCUCAGUUACAUAGCAGGUCCUAUGGUUGCAGUGAAAAUGAGAGAUAUCUAAAAACCAUCUGAUCACAUUUGUUUCUAUGUUUUUUUUGGUUGCUUGCAGUACAAGAGUUGCAAACGAACUAGGAGCCGGGAAACCGAAAAGAGCUAGAAUUGCGGUUUACACAGUGAUGGUUAUGGCAGGAGUAGAAUCACUAAUGGUGAGUGCAAUAGUCUUUGCUGCAAGAAACGAAUAUGGCUACCUAUUCAGCUCUGAAACCGAAGUUGUGGAUUAUGUAAGAACAAUGGCACCUCUGGUUUCUUUAUCAGUCAUAUUUGAUGCUCUUCACGCAGUUCUUUCAGGUGUGGCUAGAGGAUCAGGGAGGCAAGAUAUUGGUGCAUAUGUAAACCUAGCUGCAUACUACCUCUUUGGAAUACCAACUGCUGUCGUAUUAGGAUUUAGGUUUAACAUGAGAGGAAGAGGACUCUGGAUUGGUAUUACAGUUGGGUCUUGUGUACAAGCUGUUCUUCUCAGUCUUAUUGUCAUUUUCACCAACUGGAAACAACAGGCAAGGAAGGCACGAGAAAGAGUGAUGGGUGAUGAGUUUGAAGACGACGAACAUGACUGAUCAUCAGUUAAAAUCAAAAGAGUUAUUCGAUCAUUUUGUCAUUUAAUGUUGUGUUUUAUUUCAGAAUAUAGUAAUGUGAAGGAUUAGAAAGUGCACACAUAUGCACGUUCACAUGAGUUAUGGCAUCUACUUUCUUUCCCAUACACAUUGACAUAUAAUGUUCUUUUUCCUAUCGAAGGUUUUUCUUUGUCAUUAGCAUAAAUAGACUCUGAUUCCGACU